AUGUCCAGCACCGGUGAUGGCCAGUACCCCCGAAAGCCGCUCAAACAGAGCGGAUCGCUCAACGAAAAAUUCGAAUCCGAAGAUGUCACGCCUGUCAUUGGUCGGGAGUUUGCGAAUGUAAACAUCGUAGACGACUUGAUGAAGUCCGCCGACGCGGAUACGCUAUUGAGGGAUCUUGCUAUCACGAUUAGCGAGCGCGGUGUCGUUUUCUUCCGCAAACAGGACAAUUUGACGGACGAUCUGCAGAAGAAGCUCAUUCAGCGCCUUGGUGAAUUGACGGGCAAGCCGUCCUCAUCAACACUGCACAUUCACCCGAUCCUCAAUGGGUCCAGCGAGUUCGGGCACGAUCUGGAGAUUAGCAACAUCUCGUCUGUGUCGCGCAAAAAGCUCUUCGACGCCAACGGCGAAAUCAAGAAUAAACGCAAGUAUGACGCCGCACAGUGGCACAGCGACAUCCAAUUCGAGCCGGCGCCCGCGGAUUACACGAGCCUGAGACUGACCCAGCUGCCCAAGACGGGAGGAGACACCGUCUGGGCGAGUGGGUAUGAGAUAUACGAUCGCAUGAGCCGACCGUGGCAGCAAUUCCUCGAGGGCUUGACGGCGACAUUCAUCGGGGAUGGCUUCAUCAGAGCCGAACAGCAAGGGAGGGCGACGUUGUACGAUCAACCCAGGGGGUCGCCGUUGAAUGUGGGCAAGCAUUUGAGUGCUGUGCAUCCCGUGGUGAGAACAAAUCCGGUUACCGGGUGGAAGACAGUGUUUGCGAUCGGGACGUUUCCCAAAGCUUUCAACGAGCUGAAUGCGGAGGAGAGCGAUGAACUGUCUAGCAAAUUGCAUGGCAUGAUCGUGAAUAACCACGAUUUGCAGGUGAGGUUUAAGUGGAGAAAUGAGAAUGACAUCGCGAUAUGGGAUAAUCGAUGCGUCUUUCAUUGUGCCACGUUCGAUUAUGAUGGGUUGGGCGAGCGGUUGGGCCAUCGCGCUGUCGGUAUCGGCGAGGCUCCCUACCUGGAUCCGAAUAGUCAGUCGAGGUCUGAGGCCCUCGGUUCAUAUUAG